AUGAGAUGGAAAACUGGCCGCAGUUCUCGUAAGAGAGUGGCGGUGAUAUCUGACUCUCAAGAUGUUUUGACACCGGGAAACAACGGUCGGGGAACAAAGCAUGGUGCGAUGUUCCCUGUUGAGCCUCGUGUAGAAUCUAUCAACUUUUUCCUUCGUGGAGCAUCUCCAGAAUAUAGUCCUCAUCUAAAUGUGGCAGUGUGGCUCUUACCUCUAAUAAGGGAAUAUCUCGGUAUUCAGGAAGAAAACCCUCUAGCGAGUAUUAAGCUAGUGUGGAGAGACAGACGUACGAGAGGAAGUCAAGAAUUGAAGCAGAUACACUCACCUUACGCAGAGUUGGAGAUCUUGGAACAAGAGCCUAGAUACCGACCUGAGGACAUCAACGCACUCUCCCGCACCACGCACUUCACCAGAGCUGAGUUGCAGCGCCUCUACCGCAGCUUCAAGGACAGAUGUCCCACGGGUGUGGUCAGAGAAGACGCCUUCAAGGAACUCUAUUUCCAGAUGUUUCCCAAGGGAGCAAGUUCCAGUAAGUACCCACAUUACGUCUUCAACAACCUCGAUAAGGAGAACACGGGAGUCAUCAAUUUCGAGGAUUUCAUCACCCUGCUAUCUCGUCUCUCGCGAGGCUCCCUCAACGAUAGACUCAAGUGGAUUUUCUCCCUCUACGACCUGAACGGUGACGGCUGCAUCACCAGGCAGGAGAUGACGGACGUGGUGCAGGCUGUGUAUGACCUCAUGGGCAAGCACACGGACGCUCCCGUAGACGAGAAGACUGUAGCUCAGAAGGUUGAGUCCCUGUUUACGACUCUGGAUCUGAACAAAGAUGGCGUUAUAACUCUGGACGAGUUUACGGAGGCAUGUAGCCAGGACAGCACAAUCGCCUACAAUAUUAACGCUAUGUUGCAUUGUGAAGUCGCUAUUCUCAAUCCAUCUGAUGUCACUUCCUCUGACGCCAUCACGGCCGAGCACCCAUCCAGGAACCACAGAAGGUGACGUCCUGCCGACCAAUCGCUCAGCAUGGACUCACAGGAAGUAACAUCUUCUGCAUCAUCUCUCAAUUAAACCAUUGUCGACUCUACUAUAUUAAUGUGAAAUAUUCUCCAGUUACAGAAAAUUGAGUUGAUGUAAUCUUCAGACUGAAGAGCGUCAAAAAUUUUUCGACCUGACAUUUACAGAUUUUGUGAUGUAUAUAGAAUAGAGUAAACUGUUUAUGUUGUUGUGUUUGUUUUGAUGUAAGCUCAGCGCUGCAUCUGCCGACGGCUGACACUUCAUGGUGACUAGUUUGGUCCUCACGUGUUUGUUAAAAGAUAAGUAGUGAUUAUGAAUUUCAAGCUAAGAAAGCAGCGCUGUAUGGCCCUUGUGGUUUAGCGCCUCUUUUUUAUUAUAAUAAUCAAGUUAAGCAAAGGGUAGGAAAAAAAAUAUUUUUGAAUACCACUUUGUUAUUACAAAGGAAUAAGAGGCGAGUGAUUUGCUUAAAGGUUUGAGACGUGAAUUUCCUUUAACCUUCCUUCAGCCAAUGUAUUCAUUUUCAUAUAGUUGAAAGAGUAAUGUGGUCAGUGUUGUGUGUAUGCUACUACGCACACAUUCGCACAGAAACCUUUGCAACACUACAUAGCUCCUGAUGACGCACUGGGAAGUGAUAACAGUGGCAUGGAAAAGAGCAUCUCGGAAUGCACAACACGUCAAACCUUGAAGUGAAUGUGCUACACUGGGUUACACUCCUGACAUCUAAGAACAGGAAACUGAGGCUACAGUGGGCGAGGGCUAACCCACUGCUUGAAGGUGUGUGUGUGUGUGUGUGAUAAAAUGCUAUCUUUUCUGAAUAAAGACAUCUAGUACAAAUAUAUUUACAUUCUACAUGAGAGAUAGAAUAUAGUUCAAAAUAACUUAUUUCUAAUCUGUAAUCUGUAUACCAAAUUUAAGUUAAUAUUUAAAUUAUGAUUGUUCUUGGUCCAACACCAGACUAAAUCCUGUAAAAGCAUCACUUCAUACAAAACUCUUAAGAUCAACACAAGUACAGUGGACCCCCGGUUAACGAUAUUUUUUCACUCCAGAAGUAUGUUCAGGUGCCAGUACUGACCGAAUUCGUUCCCAUAAGGAAUAUUGUGAAGUAGAUUAGUCCAUUUCAGACCCCCAAACAUACACGUACAAACGCACUUACAUAAAUACACUUACAUAAUUGGUCGCAUUCGGAGGUAAUCGUUAUGCGGGGUCCACUGUAUCAGUGUGUGCAACUCAUCUGCAUACGACCCCACGUACAUACAGCAUAUGAGAGUCUGCAGAUUCCAACUCAAUAAAGAAAAAUAUCACAAAUUACUGUGUGUAUAAACGCCAACAAAUCAGUCAAAGUCCAUUCAGUCCUAGUAUAGUUUGAGUCCACAAUCUUGGUAAAUACUAGGGCCACUCACUGCUUAAUAUGCUGAAACAAACCACUUCCUGAGACUGACUUCACACUAAAUAGUAUUAAAUACUGUCAGCACCCAAAACGAGUCGAUCAUACUCAAGGCAAAUAGUACACUCCACUUAAGCAUACAGUCGGUUCAUAUGGGACAGAUGCAUCAAAAUAAGCACCAAGCAGCUCCACUAACUGUACCAAAAACAGAACACAAAGUUCAUGCAGGACCGAGUGCUGACACUUCUCUGAAACUAUGUUCAGACAUGACAAAGUACAGAGAUACUCUGAGCAAAGUUCAGAGUGAUAAUCUGUUUAUUCAGAGUUCAGUAAUGUACAUAGUUAUAAUAACACGAGUCACAUAAUGGACAUCGACUGUAGACACAAAGCAAUGUUCAGAAAUUCCAGAUUCCAAAAUUACAAUGGAAGAAGUGUUUACGUUUAGAGGCCAUGUUACUGGAGACAGAGCUACUGCUUGUAUCCUUCCUUGUAAACAGCAAAUCGCCAACUGACAUCUCUAAGUGUGGACGGGUGGAUGGCUGCACUUUGCAAUUUGCUAAAUUACAAACAUGCCCACCACUCAUUAUGCAAGCUGUUAUUGCAAGGUGUCGCCAUGCACCUCCAGCAAAUCUGUCAUAUUACGUAAACAGUAUAUUCAGAUUAAAUAAUUCGAGUUUUUACAAGAGAGGACCUGGAGACAAUGAUUUUAUGACUUUCUAUAAUAACAAUACUAAUAGUAAACAUUAAUAAUUAAUCAUUAGACAAAUAAAUACCAAAUAAUGUACAAAAGUGCAUUACAAAUGUCAGUAAUUGGGCGUAUGAGAGUCACCAUGAAGUUUAUUGUAGUCAGGCAACAGUUGGAGCUGCUUUGUACAUUGUUCACAUAAAUUUAUAUUGUCUAAAUGCUUCCUGGUAAUGUUAUUUACUCUAAUUAUAUGCAUUUGUGUGUGUGUAUGUGUGAGCAUAUUCAUUUCUGUGUGUGUAUGUGUGAGCAUAUUCAUUUGUGUACUCACCUAGUUGUACUCACCUAGUUGAGGUUGUGUGUGUGUGUGUGUGUGUGUGUGUGUGUGUGUGUGUGUGUGUGUGUGUGUGUGUGGAAAAUGUUAAGAUUAAGGUGUUAGGACGUCACAGAAGUCCAUAGCCAUUUUCUACUGUGACGCCAAACUCUUGUGUUUAAUUGUUCUCCAUUGUUAAUGUUGUGCUCUCCCGAUACACCAACAAUCUCCUACACUGUUCUGUUCCAGAUUGUCUUCACAAUUAAGUGCAUUUUUUUUGUUCACCGUGUUUUAUACCUGCCUUUGUUCCAUACGACUUACAAGCCAUUUCUAGAUUUCUUUUGCUGACGGACUUAUAGUGAAUCCCAUUCGCUAUUCAAUAAUGACAUUUAGGCUCCAUUCUCUAAUACGGAUUCCUCGUAUUAAACUGAAAUUCUCUUUUCAAGAGAACCAAAUACUUCGAAUACAAUUACAUAUUUUUUUUUAAAAUCGGCUUCUGAGUCCCAUUUCCCGUGACUUGCAUAUCGAAGUUCAAAAUUUGAUUGAAGGUGAUAGUCUCCUCGGAUUCGAAAAUUAGUUCCCUUUUGUACUUAAGAAAAUGAGUUUUUUAGCAUUACAUAAUUAAUUUUCAACAUGUAAUUAACAUGCACUGUAUAGCCCUUGUGGCUUAGCGCUUCUUUUUGAUUAUAAUAAUAAUAAUAAUAAUAAUAAUAAUAAUUAACAUGCAAACCUAUAUCAUUAUAAGUUGACAGUUGAUUAUUUUAAAAACUCAGCAUUUUCUUUUACCAUACAUCAAAUGUUAUUUUUAAUUUUUGGAAGGGGUGAACCGGAAAGCAAGAGUAAGGCCUCGAUCGCUAGCGCACACGGCUCACACACUGAGGUCUGGGGGUCGAUCCCCGGUACGGCUGAAAGCAUUAGGACGUGUUUCCAUAAGACACCUGCUGUCCAUGUUCACC